AUGCGCACUACUGCCCUCGUCGCUAAUGCCAACACCAUCGCACCACCCGAUAUAUGGUUUGCAGACACAACAGACACCGUUGCCGGCGGGUGGGGCGCAACGGGCGAUACCGGAAAGCCGCACAAUCCACAUGAGAACGAUAUCGUCGUGGUCUUAGAGCCUACCAUCGUGCGCGAGGAAAAUGAAGCGCCGAAGAAAUCUAACGGAACACACGGAAAGAAAGCCAAAGGCCCUCUGGAUGAACUUUCGGGCAUCUUCCCAAGUUAUUUCGUGUCCAGGGAGCACGCGAAGUAG